AUUUUUGCAGAGUUAGAAAUGAGCGGAACCAAGACCUGUGUGGUAAUCUGUAACCAUUGCAGUAACGAGGUUCAAACUUCUCAAGUAUACCAGAGAACUUUUCCAACAAUAAUAAUAGAUGGGAUAAAAACACGAGUUCUGGGUUCCAAUAAUCAGACCUUGCAAGCUUCAGGAGAGGUAUUGGAUGACUUGAACCUAGCUCCGGGGGAGGUUGAACGAGAAAAGAGCAAGACUCCUGAAGAAGAAGCACAGAUAAAGGCUAAAAAACAGUUCGAAGAGGAUGUCAGGGUUUACAUAGCUAUGGGGAUAAUAGUGGCAAUGGCCGUUAUUAUAACCCUGGUUAAGAUAUACGUAGUUCAGAAUAUGGAACCUAAAGAUCCAAGUCCCACCUUUAAGCCCCUGCAACAGAUGAUAAAAUCCAACUAUAGAUAUAACGGGAAUGGAUAUCUUCCUUGCAAUGGGAAUGUUCCUUGCCAACCUGCCCAUCUGUCCCCUGAGAGGAACGCAGAGAGAAUGGAAGGAGCAAUGUCCUAAUUCAGAAAUAAAUAUUUAAACAUG